UUCAUGUUUAGUCUCGGGCAAAAUCCAAGUGACGCUCACGUGGACUUUUACCUGCCUUACGUAACAACAAUAGAACAGUAUAUAAGCCCUGCCACAAACGAGAAGGUAUAGCAGCCGGCUCUCUUGUACUCUCGGAGCCUACAUCUUUUGAAAGUAUGACUAACCGUACUUUAUUCCUCGUGAUAAGUAUCGCGGUCAUUGUGAUCGUGCGCGGACGCGUGACGCGUGAGCAAGGGUCUUCCGCUCAAAUCAAGAACCCCGUCGUAAUAGUCCCAGGUACUGGUGGAAGUCAGAUUGAGGCAAAGCUGAACAAGCCCACGACCAAGCAUUGGUACUGCCAUAACACCUGGUCUGAUUAUUUUACCCUUUGGCUGCAGGAGAGCUUUCUACUUCCCAUGUUCAUAGACUGCUGGGUAGAUAACAUGAGGCUUGUGUACGACCCUGCCACCAAAACUGUCCACAACUCCCCGGGCGUAGAGACACGAGUGCCAGGGUUUGGCGACACGAACACCAUCGAGUACUUAGACAAACGCAACCUCAUAGCUUAUUUCGCACCGCUUGUGAAGGCAAUGGUCAGCUGGGGGUAUGAGCGAGGAAAGAACCUCAGGGCUGCUCCUUAUGACUUCAGAUAUGCACCGGACUCGCAGGCAGAUUACUAUAUCAGGCUGCGCCAACUGAUCGAGGACACCUACACACAGAAUGGCGAGAAACAGGUUACUCUUCUAUCUCACAGCCUUGGCUGCCCUUACACCUUGGUCUUCCUGAACCAACAGAGCACGGCCUGGAAGGACAAGUACAUCAAGCAGUGGGUAGCACUCUCAGGUGUGUGGGGAGGUACGACCCAGCUUGUCCGACUUUUUGCGUCCGGUGAUGCGUUUGGUAUCCCAUUGGUGAAUCCCCUUACGGUGCGUGUAGAGCAGCGCACUUGCAGUAGCAACAAUUUCAUGCUGCCAAGUCGGGAGCUGUGGAGAUCCGAUGAAGUCCUGGUAACCACCCCAGACCGGAAGUACACAGUGCGUGACUUCGAGGAUUACUUCCGGGAUGUGGGCUACCCUGAUGGGAUUCCUGUGCGGCGGAACCUCGAGAAUCUGACCGCUCCGUUACUCCAGCACGCUCCUAAUGUAACUUUACACUGUCUACACGGGUCAGGCGUGGAUACCGAAGAAUCGUAUACUUACGGCAAGGGAGAAUUCCCUGAUGAACAGCCUACGAUACGAAAUGGCGAUGGAGAUGGCACGGUUAACGCAAGAAGUCUUCGCGCAUGCGCGACAUGGGUCAAUCGGCAAGGAUAUGACGUCGUUGUCAAAGAUUACGCCGGUGUCAAUCAUAAUGGCAUCUUAAGCGAUGCUAAAGCACAGGCCUAUAUUAAGAGCAUUGUGAUAAAUUAAAAAAUAAAAAGUAACAAGCAUCAAGCUGUGGUAGUACUGCACUUGAUCAGUUCUUUUCUAACUUACUCGGCAUCACAACAAUUCUAGUUGUGUAAAUAAUAAUUAAAUAAAAUCGCUAAAACCUA